AGUUUUUAUUUUGUUAUGUUGGUGACAGGCAAAGGUCUGAGACUGAGGACAUCUCAUAUAAUAGCAUAUUAGCAAUACUACAGAAUGGCUGACUUAUCACUGGUGGAAAUUGAGAAGCUGAUCUCUCAGCACCCAGAUUUUCCCAAGCCAGGGAUUCUCUUCAGAGAUGUGUUUCCUGUGCUGCGUGACCCGCACGCAUUCAAAUCCAUGAUGAACCACCUGCUGAAGCAUAUCCGUGAACUCUACUGCCAGGAUGGAAACAAGGUCGACGUUGUUGUUGGUUUGGAUUCAAGAGGGUUUCUCUUUGCACCGCUGCUGGCUCUGGAGCUAGGCGCUGCGUUCGUUCCGGUUCGCAAGAAGGGAAAGCUGCCUGGUGAAACGAGCUCCUUGUCCUACACCCUGGAAUAUGGCACGGCCGAGUUUGAGAUCCAAAACGAAUCCAUCAAGGCCGGACAACGCGUUAUCGUCGUUGAUGACUUGCUGGCUACUGGUGGCACCAUGUCUGCAGGUUGCCAGCUGGUGCAGAAGACCGGUGGUACAGUGUUGGAAGCCAUGGUUAUUAUUGAGCUUGUCGACCUGAAGGGUGCUGACAAGGUCACCAGCUGUGCACCUGUUUUCUCCCUGUUCAAGUACUAAUUUCCGAUGUCUCACCUCCGCUAGCUGUCAGCUAUUCACCACCGCAUUGUGGAAAUGAUGAUACUGCUACUCAUCCCACCAGCAAGCCGGCACACAUGUCAUUAUGAUGUUCUGCGGUGGCCACCAUGCCACAGUACUGGCCGAUCUGCUAGUAGUCUAGACCAACCUUCGCGUUUGACUUCUACAUUACAGUAUGUCCGUCAGAUGCCAUUAGAAACGUUUCCCAUUUCCAGUCUAGUGCUUCCUCUUUGACUCCUUUCUAAGCAGUUCUGGGCACCUCAGAUUCAUCAUGUGGAUCCCUUGGAGGUGGCUCCUGUUUGAAAUAGGAAGCUGCCUGUUAGCGUGGACAUCCAGGUGAUGCCAAGCAUUGUUUCUCAGCUACUUUGUCUGAUCCUUUCUCCUGGUCAGACAUCCCACAGAUUUCCGUUGUGACAGUACAUCAAGCAAAUUAGAUUCUUUCCCGAUGCUGUCACCCAAACUAUUUAUUAUCGCCUCAGUGUGGGGUUGUGGUGUUAGAUGUUGAUCUCGAACCAUCUGCUGCUAUUUCCUUGUGUUUUGCAAGUACAUGUAGCUCCACUUGGAUUAUGAGAAAUUUCCCAACCUACUGCAAGUUGCACAUACCUACUCCUUGGAGUGGGAAAUGCAGCUUUCUGUUGCAGUGCGUAAAA